CAACUCCGUAGAAGAUUAAGGGCAGUGGUCUUGUAAAACAGUACUUGUACGUAGCAUUCGUGUAAACUCCACUGAUUAUUUUCAGAGUUGACUUUAAAGUUGUUUUCGGUUUUCGUUCAGAUUUGCGACGUACAGGCACUCAAACUGACACGAAAAAUGUCUGAAUAUUAUUCAUUACAUCUGUUCAAUCAUUAUUAAAGUUUGUGUGUGUACGUAUUUGAUCGCACAGAAUGCGUUCACGCAUGUUGGACCAGCAGCUAUACCACUGACAAACUAUGAGUUUUGUUGUUCGGGCAUCUGGAAAAACUCGUCGCGGACACGAUAAAGAUGAAUUCGUCAGGGAGCGUCGUGGAAAACCCAAGGCUAAACCCCGAUAUCGGGAGUUUCCCGAAGAGCGUCACACACAGCCAUGCAAGGUCAUCGUCAGGAAUCUUCCAGCCCAUUUUUCCAAGGAGCAGUUCUUGCAGCAUGUGUCUCCGAUUCCGGAAUACACUUAUUUCGCAUUCCAUGGUCCCGAUACCACAUUAGCGAAUCAUGCACGAUGUCGCGUUUACAUUCGUUUCCGCACAGAAGAAGAUGUUGGCCUUUUUAAAGAAAAGUUUGAUGGAUACGUUUUUGUUGAUAGUCGAGGUCAUGAACUGCGUUGUGUUGUGGAGCUUGCCCCGUAUCAGCGCACUGCCGAGCAGAACAGAGAGAAAGCGGAUCCAAAAUGUGGCCAGAUUACGGAGUCUGACGAUUUCAAGCGCUUCCUGGAAGAUUUGGAGAAAAAGAAGGACCACGGUCCGUCGUCCAGUGCAGCCAAAGUCCAAGCCAGUUUGGCUGCUAUUGAAAAUAAGCCGAAGGACGAAGUGACGCUUACUCCUUUAAUGGAAUAUCUACAGAAUCAUAAAGCAGACGACGAUUAUCGUGGACCGGGCGGACGAUUUGGAAAGAGAGAGCGUAAUCGAGAACGGCACCGUGCCAAUGCAGCACUGGCAAAGAAAGAAGCGGAGAAAGCCGCAGCCAAGGCUAGGGAGUUAGCAGGGAAGGAUUCACCUCUCAAAGCAGGCGCUGCUCCGUCUAAAGUUAUGGAACUGACCAAAUCUGGUGUGAAAGACAGUGCUGCUGCACAGUCUCCCAUAAACAAAGUCGCUCCAGGAUCAAUCUCGCACCAGACAGCUCAGCCGGCUUCGAAAAAGGACGAAGCGUUCUUGGCCGUCAAUCGGCGCCCGGCUCAGGAAAACCGUGAAGAUUUCAUGCCGUCUGGUGAUCGCGGACGGCACUAUUUUCCAGAGCGUCCUGCACCGCGUCCUGUUGCCGACAAGCGCGCCCGUGAGGAUCAUGCACCCAGUAGCUUAGCAGAUCAGCGGCGUGAAAGGGAAGCAAAACGUAGCGAUCGGCCAGAUGGUCGUGGUGAUCGACAGGAUGUCUAUUAUCCCAGAGGAGGACGUCAGGCAGAAUCCUACGGCGGCCGGCCUCCUGUUCGUCCUGAUUUUCCACCGGAUAGCGGGAAAAAUACCACACGCGCUGGUGCUCAGCAAAGUCCCAAGCCGCUGCACAACCCUAUCACCGGAAGUCGGGAGUUUGGGCAGAGUAAAGCAACGGAAGCACCAGUGGUGAAGUCUACUGGGACACCGACCGGGGAAAAGAAUUCUGUAGUGAAAAGCGGUGAGAUCGGAACAGUGGUGGGUGAAGUCGUGGGCGGUACCGUGACGGCGGUUGAUCCAGGCGUUCGGGUGCCCAACCGCUCACGUCCCACCAAGGAACUUUACCAGCCCAAAGCCAAACGUCGUUAUCAAAAUUAGUCCCGCAUCCAGAAGACUUUUUAAGUCAUUCAUAAAGGAGAAACGAAGCUAGCGAUCGUUGCAAAAUAUUUCUGGAGCCAACUAAAGUGGAGCAACUGAUCUGGAAGGCGUCGAACACUUUUCUGUUUGUCGGAACAUGUUCCUAAUCCUGCUGUUGCUUGGGGUUACAUGUUCAACUGGAUAUUCGAUUUCGGUGCAUUGUGAUACCUGCUUUAGAUUGUGUUGCCUUUUGUUUCCUUAAAUUAAAUCUGUUACACUAGGUAACGCUGCCAACGUUUUUGAAAUUCUGGUUAACACGUUUGCGGCAGAAAGUUUUUGCGUUUGUUUGACUGCCAAAAGUCAGUAAAAGAGAUCAAUUUCGAUUUACACGCCCCCUUGGCACAAUGGUA